UACAAGUUUCACAUCACAUACGACAGCUCCCAAUCAAAAUACCAGUUUCACAUCACAUUUGACAACUCACAAUCCAACUACUAAUUUCACAUCACAUACAAGUCCCGAGCCAACUACUAGCUUCACAUCAUAUGCAACAACUGACAAUCCAACUACCAGUUUCACAUCACAUUCAAUUCCCAAGCCAAUUACUAGUUUCCCAUCACAUACAACAGACAAUCCAACAAGUUUUAAGUCAACACAUACAACAAAUAACAAUUCAACUACCACUUUCACAUCACAUUCAACAACAAAUCAUAAACCAACUACUAGUUUCACAUCACUUGCGUCAACUCUGGAGCCAGCUACCAGUUUCCUAUCACAUACAACAACUAACAAUCCAACUACAAGUUUCACAUCACAUACGACAACUCCCGAGCCAACUACUAGCUUCACAUCAUAUGCAACAACUGACAAUCCAACUACCACUUUCACAUCAUAUACGACAACUCCUGAACAAACCACAAGUUUUACAUCACACACAACAAAUCACAAUCCAAAUUCAAAUUUCCCAUCACACACAACAACUCACAAUCCAACUACAAUGACAACUCCCAAGCCAACUACUAUUUUCACAACAAGUAUCAAAACUGACAAUCAAACUACCAGUUUCACAUCACAUACAUCAACUCCCGAGCCAACUACAAGUUUCACAUCACAUACGACAGCUCCCAAUCAAAAUACCAGUUUCACAUCACAUUUGACAACUCACAAUCCAACUACUAAUUUCACAUCACAUACAAGUCCCGAGCCAACUACUAGUUUACCAUCACAUACAACUCAUAAUCCAACAACAAGUUUUAGGUCACAUAUGACAACUCCCAAGCCAACUACUAGUUUCCCAUCACAUACAACACACAAUCCAACAAGUUUUAAGUCAACACAUACAACAAAUAACAAUUCAACUACCAGUUUCACUUCACAUUCAACAACAAAUCAUAAACCAACUACUAGUUUCACAUCACUUGCGUCAACUCUGGAGCCAGCUACCAGUUUCCCAUCACAUACAACAACUAACAAUCCAACUACAAGUUUCACAUCACAUACGACAACUCCCGAGCCAACUACUAGCUUCACAUCAUAUGCAGCAACUCCAGAGACAACUACAAGUUUCACAUCACAUACGACAACUCCCGAGCCAACUAGUAGUUUCACAUCACAUACAACAACUGACAAUCCAACUACCACUUUCACAUCAUAUACGACAACUCCUGAACAAACCACAAGUUUUACAUCACACACAACAAAUCACAAUCCAAAUUCAAAUUUCCCAUCACACACAACAACUCACAAUCCAACUACAAUGACAACUCCCAAGCCAACUACUAUUUUCACAACAAGUACGACAACUGACAAUCAAACUACCAGGUUCACAUCACAUACAACAACUUCCAAACCAACUACAAGUUUGACAUCACAUACGAUAACUCCCAAGCCAACUAUGAAUUUCACAUCACAUACGACAACUCCUGAGCCAACUACUACUUUCACGUCACAUACAAUAGAUCACAAUUCAGCUACCAGUUUCCCAUCACAUACAACAACUCCCAAGGCAAAUACUAGUUUCACAUCACAUACAACAAUUGUCAAUCCUACUACCACUUUCUCAUCACAUUCAACAACUCUUGAGCAAACUACAAGUUUCAAGUCACAUACGACAUCUUCCGAGCCAACUACGCGUUUAACAUCACAAGCGACAACUCAUAACCCAACUACAAGUUUCACAUCACAUACAUCAAUUCCCGAGCCAACUACAAGUUUCACAUCACAUACGACAGCUCCCAAUCAAAAUACCAGUUUCACAUCACAUUUGACAACUCACAAUCCAACUACUAAUUUCACAUCACAUGCGAAAACUCACAAUCCAACUACUAAUUUCACAUCACAUGCGACAACUCACAAUCCAACUACUGAUUUCACAUCACAUACAAGUCCUGAGCCAACUACUAGUUUCACAUCACAUACGACAACUCUCGAGCAAACCACAAUUUUAAAAUCACAUACGACAACUCCUGAGCCAACUACAAGUUUCACAUCACAUACAACAAUUCCUGAGCCAACUACUACUUUCACGUCACAUACGACAACUGACAAUCCAACUACCAGUUUCACAUCACAUACAAUUCCCAAGCCAACUACUAGUUUCCCAUCACAUACAACACACAAUCCAACAAGUUUUAAGUCAACACAUACAACAAAUAACAAUUCAACUACCAGUUUCACAUCACAUUCAACAACAAAUCAUAAACCAACUACUAGUUUCACAUCACUUGCGUCAACUCUGGAGCCAGCUACCAGUUUCCCAUCACAUACAACAACUAACAAUCCAACUACAAGUUUCACAUCACAUACAACAACUCCCGAGCCAACUACUAGCUUCACAUCAUAUGCAGCAACUCCAGAGACAACUACAAGUUUCACAUCACAUACGACAACUCCCGAGCCAACUAGUAGUUUCACAUCACAUACAACAACUGACAAUCCAACUACCACUUUCACAUCAUAUACGACAACUCCUGAACAAACCACAAGUUUUACAUCACACACAACAAAUCACAAUCCAAAUUUCCCAUCACACACAACAACUCACAAUCCAACUACAAUGACAACUCCCAAGCCAACUACUAUUUUCACAACAAGUAUGAAAACUGACAAUCAAACUACCAGUUUCACAUCACAUACAUCAACUCCCGAGCCAACUACAAGUUUCACAUCACAUUUGACAACUCACAAUCCAACUACUAAUUUCACAUCACAUACAAGUCCCGAGCCAACUACUAGUUUCCCAUCACAUACAACUCAUAAUCCAACAACAAGUUUUAAGUCACAUAUGACAACUCCCAAGCCAACUACUAUUUUCACAAGUACGACAACUGACAAUCAAACUACCAGUUUCAAAUCACAUACGACAACUUCCAAACCAACUACAAGUUUGACAUCACAUACGAUAACUCCCAAGCCAACUAUGAAUUUCACAUCACAUACGACAACUCCUGAGCCAACUACUACUUUCACGUCACAUACAAUAGAUCACAAUUCAGCUACCAGUUUCCCAUCACAUACAACAACUCCCAAGGCAAAUACUAGUUUCACAUCACAUACAACAACUGACAAUCCUACUACUACUUUCUCAUCACAUUCAACAACUCUUGAGCAAACUACAAGUUUCAAGUCACAUACGACAUCUUUCAAGCCAACUACGCGUUUCACAUCACAUACAUCAACUCCCGAGCCAGCUACAAGUUUCACAUCACAUACGACAGCUCCCAAACAAAAUACCAGUUUCACAUCACAUUUGACAACUCACAAUCCAACUACUAAUUUCACAUCACAUGCGACAACUCACAAUCCAACUACUGAUUUCACAUCACAUACAAGUCCCGAGCCAACUACUAGUUUCACAUCACAUCGACAACUCCCGAGCCAACUACAAGUUUAACAUCACAUAUGACAACUCCUGAGCCAACUACAAGUUUCACAUCACAUACAAAAAUUCCUGAGCCAACUACUACUUUCACGUCACAUACGACAACUGACAAUCCAACUACCAGUUUCACAUCACAUACAAGUCCCAAGCCAACUACUAGUUUCCCAUCACAUACAACACAUAAUCCAACAAGUUUUAAGUCAACACAUAAAACAAAUAACAUUUCAACUACCAGUUUCACAUCACAUACAACAAAUCAUAAACCAACUACUAGUUUCACAUCACUUGCGUCAACUCUGGAGCCAGCUAACAGUUUCCCAUCACAUACAACAACUAACAAUCCAACUACAAGUUUCACAUCACAUACAACAACUCCCGAGCCAACUAGUAGUUUCACAUCACAUGCAACAACUGACAAUCCAACUACCACUUUCACAUCAUAUACAACAACUCCUGAACAAACCACAAGUUUUACAUCACACACAACAAAUCCCAAUCUAAAUUCAAAUUUCCCAUCACACACAACAACUCACAAUCCAACUACAAUGACAACUCCCAAGCCAACUACUAUUUUCACAACAAGUACGACAACUGACAAUCAAACUACCAGUUUCACAUCACAUACGACAACUUCCAAACCAACUACAAGUUUUACAUCACAUACGAUAACUCCCAAGCCAACUAUGAAUUUCACAUCACAUACGACAACUCCUGAGCCAACUACUACUUUCACGUCACAUACAAUAGCUCACAAUUCAGCUACCAGUUUCCCAUCACAUACAACAACUCCUAAGGCAAAUACUAGUUUCACAUCACAUACAACAUCUUCCGAGCCAACUACGCGUUUCACAUCACAUACAUCAACUCCCGAGCCAACUACAAGUUUCACAUCACAUACGACAGCUCCCAAUCCAAAUACCAGUUUCACAUCACAUUUGACAACUCACAAUCCAACUACUAAUUUCACAUCACAUGCGACAACUCACAAUCCAACUACUAAUUUCACAUCACAUAUAAGUCCCGAGCCAACUAGUAGUUUCCCAUCACAUACAACACAUAAUCCAACAACAAGUUUUAAGUCACAUAUGACAACUCCCAAGCCAACUACUAUUUUCACAACAAGUUCGACAACUGACAAUCAAACUACCAGUUUCACAUCACAUAUGACAACUUCCAAACCAACUACAAGUUUGACAUCACAUACGAUAACUCCCAAGCCAACUACGAGUUUCACAUCACAUACGACAACUCUCAAGCAAACCACAAUUUUAAAAUCACAUACGACAACUCCUGAGCCAACUACAAGUUUCACAUCACAUACAACAACUCCUGAGCCAACUACUACUUUCACGUCACAUACGACAACUGACAAUCCAACUACCAGAUUCACAUCACAUACAACAACUCCAGAGCCAACUAGAAGUUUCACAUCACAUACAAUAGCUCACAAUUCAGCUACCAGUUUCACAUCACAUACAACAAAUCACAAUUCAACAACAAGUUUUACAUCAUAUAUGACAACUCCUGAGCCAAUUACCCCUUUUACAUCCCACACGACAACUCCAGAGCCAACUACAAGUUUAACAUCACAUACAUCAACUCCUGAGCCAUCUACAAGCUUCACAUCACAUACGACAAUUCACAAUCAAACUACAAGUUUCACAUCACAUUUGAUAACUCCUGAGCCAACAACAAGUUUAACAUUACAUACGACAACUCCCAGGCCCACUAAAAGUUUCCCAUCACAUACAAAAUCCCAUAAUCCAACUACAAGUUUCGCAUCACAUACGACAACUCCCAAGCCAACUACUAGUUUCACAUCACAUGCGAUAACUGACAAUCCAGCUAUCAGGUUCACAUCACAUACAACAUCUCCCAAUCAAACUUCCAGUUUCAUAGCACAAUUGGUAACUUCAGAGCCAACUACAAGUUUAACAUCUCAUAUGACAACUCCAGAGACAACUACAAGUUUGACAUUAGGUACGUCAACUCCUGAGCCAUCUACCACUUUCACAUCACAUAUGUCAACCACUGAGCCAAUUACCAAUUUCCGAACACAUACAACAACUCACAAUCCAACUACAAGUUUCACAUCACAUAUGACAACUCACAAUCAAAAUACAAGUUUCACAUCACAUUUGAUAACACUCGAGCCAACAAAAAGUUUGACAUCACACACAACUCACAAUACAACUACUAAUUUCAUAUCACAUACAACAACUCAACUCAACCCAACUACAAGUUUAACAUCACAUAUGUCAACUCCUGAGCCCUCUACCACUUUCACACCACAUACGUCAACUUCUGAGCCAACUAGAAGUUUCACAUCACAUACAACAACUCACUAUCAAACUACAAGUUUCACAUCACAACUGAUAUCUCCCAAGCAAACUACAAGUUUAACAGCACAUAUGACAACUCCAGAUACAACUACAAGUUUCACAUCACAUACGUCAACUUCUGAGCCAUCUACCUCUGUCACAUUACAUUCGUCAACUUCUGAGCCAACUACCAAUUUCCCAUCACAUACAACAACUCCCGAGGCCACUAGUAAUUUAGCUUCACAUACAACAACUGACAAUCCAACUACAAGUUUCACAUCGCAUUUGAUAACACCCAAGCCAACUACAAGUUUCACAUCACAUACAACAAAUCACAAUCCAAAUACAAGCUUAACAUCACAUAUGACAACUCCAGAGACAACUACAAGCUUUACAUUAGAUACAUCAACUCCUGAGCCAUCCACCACUUUCACAUCACAUACUUCAACAUCUGAGCUAAGUACCAAUUUCCCAUCACAUACUUCAACAUCUGAGCUAAGUACCAAUUUCCCAUCACAUACAACAAAUCACAAUUCAACUACAAGUUUCAAGUCACACACGACAACUUCCGAGGCAACUACACGUUUCACAUCACAGACAUCAAGUCUCGAGCCAACUACAAGUUUCACAUCACAUAUGACAACUCAUACCAGAAUUACAAGUUUAACAUCAUAUACGACAACUCCUGAGAAAACUACAAGUUUCACAUCACAUACAACAAAUCACAAUCCAAAUACACAUUUCACAUCACAUACAACAAUUCCCGAGCCAACUACCAGUUUCACGUCACAUAUGACAACUUCUAAGCCAACUAGAAGUUUUACAUCACAUACAGCUCCUGAGCCAACUACCAGUCUCACAUCACAAAUGAUAAGUCCAGAGCCAACUGCGAGUUUUACAUCGCAUACGACAGCUCACAAUUUAUCUGCUAGUUUCACAUCAUAUACAAGGACAACUGAGCCAACUACAAGUCUUACAUCUCACACGACAACUCACAAUCCAAGUGUAAGUUUCACAUCACAAACAACAACAGCUGAGCCAACAAGUUUCACUUCACAUACCACAACUCCCAAGGCAACUAUAAGUUUUAUAUCACAUAAGACAACUCACAAUCCAACUACCAGUUUGAUGUCAGAUAUGACAACUCAUGGAUAUACUGAUCCCUCAAAGGCAUCAAAAGCCUUGGACAAUCUGGAAUCUAAGAUGGAAGAGAUGGAAAAAAGCAAUAAAAGCAAUGCAGCGAUUGUCAUAGAGGAUGCUAUUGGUCUUCUUCAUGUACAAGCCAAGAACACAGAAACCAAAGACAUCAACAUAUG